ACUCCGCCCUCCUCGGCUCGCCGCCCGCCUCCCCAAACCCGGAGCGCACGCAGCUCCUCAGUUCCUUCCCCUCCACCCUCAGCAGAACAUGAGCUCCCACCUCUCCGAGCGGACGCAUAGCGAUACAGAUGGUUUCACCACGAUAUUCCGCUUCGUGCUGACUGAAAGUGCUGUUGUUUAAGGCAAAGAAACGUCCACCCUCUUACCGCUUCUGCUUUUCUUUUUGGAUGCGCCAUGCUAUCUCGCUGGUGGAGGAGUUGUGGCGUUCGGCUGGUGGCAUGGACGUGGGUUUGGAGUCUGGCGUGGUGCAUCCCCGCAAAUGAAGUGAACCUGCUGGAUUCUCGCUCUGUGAUGGGAGACCCAGGAUGGGUGGCCUACCCACAGAAUGGGUGGGAGGAGAUUGGCGAAGUGGACGAGGACUACGCCCCCAUCCACACCUACCAAGUGUGCAGGGUGAUGGAGCAGAACCAGAACAACUGGCUGCACACCAACUGGAUCCUGACCGAGGGCGCCCAGCGGGUCUUCAUCGAACUCAAGUUCACCCUGAGAGACUGCAACAGCCUGCCUGGGGGGGUGGGAACCUGCAAGGAGACCUUCAACAUGUAUUACUACGAAACUAACGGGGACGAGGAGGAAAUGGAGGAGGGAGAGAUGAGGGACGGAACGGGCAUGACGGAGGAGGAGGACAGGCUCAUGAAGGAAAGCAGAUACAUUAAAAUUGACACCAUCGCCGCCGACGAGAGCUUCACAGAGCUCGACCUGGGGGACCGCGUGAUGAAGCUCAACACCGAAGUCCGCGAUUUAGGCCCAUUGACACGGAAAGGCUUCUACCUGGCAUUUCAGGAUUUGGGCGCCUGCAUCGCCUUGGUCUCGGUGCGGGUUUUCUACAAGCGCUGCCCAUUCCUGGUGAAGAGUCUGGCCGAGUUCCCCGACACCAUCCCGGGCUCGGAGGCCUCGCAGCUGGUAGAGGUGGUGGGCCGCUGCGUUAACAACUCCCUGCCUUUAUACGAGCCUCCCAGGAUGCAUUGCAGCACGGAGGGAGAGUGGCUGGUGCCUAUCGGGAAGUGCGUGUGCCAGCCGGGGUUUGAGGAAAUCAGCGGAUCCUGUCAAGUGUGCAAGAUGGGGUUUUACCGCUCGCUGCUGGAGUCGGUGGCCUGCAGUAAAUGUCCACCGCACAGCGUGGCCAGGCAGACGGGAGCCACCGCUUGCAGCUGCGAGGAAGGAUACUACAAAAUCGACUCUGACCCUCCCAACAUGGCCUGCACUCGCCCUCCCUCUGCUCCACGCAACGCCAUCUCCAACGUCAACGAGACCAGCGUCUUCCUGGAGUGGUCUGUUCCCAUGGAGACGGGCGGCAGGAAGGACGUGCGCUACAACAUCCUGUGCCAACAGGUCCUGCCAGACGGAAGAGGCAUGGAGGAAUGCGGCCCCAACGUGCGGUUCCUGCCGCGUCGCGUCGGCCUGUCCAACACCUCGGUGAUGGUGGCCGACCUGCAGUCGCACACCAACUACAGCUUCCUGCUGGAGGCCGUCAACGGGGUGUCGGAGCUGGCCAAAGAGCACGCGAAGCAGUAUGUGUCACUGAACGUGACGACCAAUCAGGCAGCCCCCUCCCCAGUGAGUGUGGUGAGGAAAGGUCACACGGAGAAGAGCAGCAUCGCCCUUUCUUGGGCAGAGCCUGAUCGUCCCAACGGCAUCAUCCUGGAGUACGAGAUCAAGUACUUUGAAAAGGAGCAGGACUCCAGUUACACUAUAAUAAAAUCCAAAGAGACGGAGAUGGUGGUGGACGGGCUGAAGCCGUCUUCAGUUUACAUCUUCCAGGUGCGAGCCAGGACCUCAGCGGGCUAUGGAGCAUUCAGUCGGCGGUUUGAAUUCCAGACCAGCCCUUACUUAACUGCUACCAGUGAGCGAGCUCAGGCCUCCAUAAUAGCGGUGGCCAUUACACUGGCUCUGGUUCUCCUGGCAGUGGUCGCUGGAUUCCUGCUGAGCGGACGGCGAUGUGGCUACAGCAAAGCAAAGCAGGAUCCUGAAGAGGAGAAGAUGCACUUCCACAACGGCCACAUCAAGUUCCCCGGGGUGCGCACCUACAUUGACCCCCUCACCUACGAGGAUCCCAACCAGGCAGUGCAUGAAUUUGCUCAGGAGAUCGACGUCUCCUUCAUCUCCAUAGAGAGGAUCAUCGGAGCUGGGGAGUUUGGAGAGGUGUGCAGCGGACCACUGAGGCUGCCCGGGAAGAGGGAGAUCCAGGUUGCCAUCAAGACCUUGAAAGCCGGAUACACCGAGCAGCAGAGACGCGACUUCCUUUGGGAGGCGUCAAUCAUGGGCCAGUUCAACCAUCCCAACAUCAUCCGUCUGGAGGGCGUCGUCACCAAAAGCAAACCGGUGAUGAUUAUCACAGAAUACAUGGAGAAUGGAUCCCUGGACACAUUCCUUAAGAAAAAUGACGGUCAGUUCACUGUGAUCCAGUUGGUGGGAAUGCUGCGCGGCAUCGCGUCUGGUAUGAGGUACCUGUCCGACAUGGGCUACGUCCACCGGGAUCUGGCAGCUCGUAACAUCCUGGUGAACAGUAACCUUGUGUGUAAAGUGUCCGAUUUCGGCUUGUCCCGAGUCCUGGAGGACGACCCGGAGGCUGCGUACACCACCCGGGGCGGCAAGAUUCCUAUUCGCUGGACGGCUCCAGAGGCGAUCGCAUACAGGAAGUUCACCUCAGCCAGCGACGUGUGGAGUUACGGCAUUGUGAUGUGGGAAGUGAUGUCAUACGGAGAGAGGCCGUACUGGGAGAUGUCCAAUCAAGACGUAAUAAAAGCAAUAGAGGAGAGCUAUAGGUUGCCAGGUCCUAUGGACUGCCCCGAGGCUCUGUACCACCUAAUGAUGGACUGCUGGCAGCGAGAUCGCAGCAGCCGGCCCAAGUUCGAUGAGAUCGUCUGUCUACUGGACAAACUCAUCCGCAACCCCAGCUCAUUAAAAAAACUGGUCAACUCGUCGCACAGGGUUUCCAACCUGUUAGUGGAGCACGCCAACGUCACGGCGGACUGCAGCGCUCGCAGCCAGACUGUCGGGGAGUGGCUGGACUCCAUCAAGAUGGGUCGUUACACUGAGCUCUUCAUGGAGGGAGGUUAUUCUACACUGGAGACAGUGGCUCAGAUGACAUCAGAGGAUUUGCGGAGAGUGGGCGUGAAUCUGGCCGGCCAUCAGAAAAAAAUCAUCACUAGCAUUCAGGAGAUGAGAGUCCAUAUGAACAACUCCAACUCUACUGUAAACAUGUGAUGCAUAUGUACAGGCAACAAGCACGCAUACACACAUACACAUAUACAUUCACAACAUAUAUGGACCUAGUGUGUGACGAAAAGACUCCGAUUCGCUGUUGGACCUAGAGCAGCUUAGCACUUUCUACGGACAAGGACACCCAGUGAUAAUGGAUUUAAACUGGAGGAUCCACGUUUUACUGUGGCUCUUGUGAGUGGAGUUUGCUUGUGGUGUCACGGGGGAUAUUUGACAUUGCAGCGCUAAAACCAAACUGAAUGGAACUGAGUGGUGCUUCAUGAAGGGAAGACGCCGGUGAGAUAAACGAACCGAACUGAAUUACACCCGAGUGAAGACUUUUUUGAUUCAAUUUAUUCCAUUUGUGUGAAUCUUGGGGAUUCUAAUAUCUCGUGCACUGUUUGGAUUUUCUCAGAUCUGACAUGAAGCAUGAGACUGUAGAUCUGGCUCUGAGAACAACCAGCACGUUCUUGUAUUUUUUUUUGGCUGUAUCACAAACAUGGGAGUUUCAUGCAGCCUGUCUCGGGUGAUCUGAGCCCAACGGAUCUGAGCAGCACUCGCUUCUUCUCUGACAGUUUUCUAUGGACGUACAGUUCCAUCCUUCUCAGGCAGGGACAACACGUAAUAAUGGAUCAACAACAAAGUUUCACUUUUUUGCUUUAGGCUCACCUUUGGUUUGCAGCUGUAAUCGAGCUGUGCAAGGUCCCAGCUCAUAAUCAUUAGAUUCUUCAUUAUCCUCCAUGAAAAAAAACGCAUUGCAUUGUUUAAAGAGGCUGAGAUUUAUAAAUGAAGAAGAAAGUGUAAAAAGAUGCCAGGUUUUAGAUUAUGUGAUGCUCUAGGAGCCCGUUUUUCUGGCUGAAUGUAUAGAACGUUCAGUUGCAGCAUCAAACUGUUCUAGUUUGUCAUGUAAAUGCUGUUAAACACAGAUAGAAUGUGGCAAUCGAACCAUUCUGCUCCUUAAAACCAGCCUCUGAAUGAAUCCGCAGAUUGUACGAGAGAUUCAUCUGACUCUUCUGUCAGGAAUCUCCACCAAGACGAUGAUUGAUGAGUUCCUAGAGAAUCCCCCCCCCCCCCCCCCCCCCUGU